UUCUGGUUCUGGUUCAUUUCAGGAUAUGGUACAACACCUAAGAUUACUCCUUUCAUGUCCAGGACAGCUUUGAGAAAAAGGAAUUCUUCACAGCAGGGAACUGAUGUCCCCAUUUUAUAAAUGAAUCUGAGACUCUCUGAAGUUGAGUGGCUUGUACAUGGUUACAAGAUUUUUGUCAAGAAUCACUGAAUUUCAGAGUUGGAAGUGAUCAGCAGCCAUCUAGUACAAUCCACACCUGAAGACUCAUCACUAUAAUAUAUGUUGGUCAUUAUUCAUCUUCUGUCCUUCAAAGAAGGAGGUAUACCACCUCUCAAGAUUCUUGCUUCUAGAAUUUUAAGCCUCAAGAGAUUGGAUUAUAAGGAUCUUUUGUAGCUUUGAAGAAGAAAGAGUUGGAAUAUUCCAACUUCACUAUUCCAGUGGAGGUUAUGCUGUAAGAAAGCUGUGAGAGAAAAAAACACACCUUUUUAACAGAAUCUGGAGUGGAAACUUCUUGAAGAUUUGGGAAAGUCAAUGAGUACCCUUAUCAUUGAAGCUUUUUAUGGAGGAUCCCAUAAACAGCUGGUGGACCUCUUACAAGAAGAGAUACAAGAUUGCGCGCUUUAUACUCUCCCUGCAAAAAAAUGGCAUUGGAGAGCACGAACAUCUGCCUUAUAUUUCUCCCAAAAUGUUCCAGUUAGUGAUAAUUACAGGAUCCUCUUUGCAAGCUCAGUGCUUAACCUGGCUGAACUGACUGCCCUCCGGCCUGACCUUGGCAAAUUGAAAAAGGUCCUUUACUUUCAUGAGAACCAAUUGGUAUAUCCUGUCCAGAAAUACCAGGAGAGGGAUUUCCAAUAUGGAUAUAACCAAAUUCUUUCAUGUUUAGUGGCUGAUGUCGUGGUUUUCAAUUCUGCCUUUAAUAUGGAGUCAUUUCUAACUUCUAUUGGAAAAUUUAUGAAGCUGAUUCCUGACCACAGACCCAAGAAUCUGGAAAACAUCAUCAGACCCAAGUGCCAAGUUCUAUACUUUCCAAUCAGGUUUCCUGAUGUGAGCAGGUUCAUGCCAGAGCACAAAAUGACCCAUUUUAUGAAGAUAUUUGGCCAUAAAGGAAAUGAAGAUGAUACUCCACUUAUGCCUCUUCCUUUCCAGCAGAAGAACAGAGUCACUGAGAGUUUAAUGAAAAACAGCCAUUUGAAUCUUGAGUCUGGACUUUGUGAAGUACAGUCUGGCCCUCAUACCACCCAACAAGAUAGCCUAUCUAAUCCAUUAACAAAAGUGGAAGACCUGAACAAGACUCACCCAUCAAAAAAUUCAAACCCUGGUCAAGAAGAAGAUAAGCAACACAUGUCUCUUAACCUCUGUAACAUUUUGAGUGGAACUAAUGAGCAACAAAGACCACUGCACAUUGUCUGGCCUCAUAGGUGGGAACAUGAUAAAGAUCCAGAAAGUUUUUUUAGGUCACUGCUGCGACUUCAGGAGGCAGGUUUAAGUUUCCAUGUAUCCAUUCUUGGAGAAAGCUUUACGGAUGUCCCAGGUAUAUUUUCAGAGGCCAAAAAGGCACUGGGAUCUUCUGUCUUACACUGGGGCUACCUACCCAGCAAAGACGACUAUUUCCAAGCACUGUGCAUGGCUGAUGUUGUCAUCUCAACAGCUAAACAUGAAUUCUUUGGAGUGGCAAUAAUGUUUCUCAGUUCUCGAAGGUUGAAGUGCCAGAUGUUUCACCACACUGCACCAUCUGCCUCCAGCUUAUCAGUGGUGACUCUGGGCUCUCAAAACCUCUGCUAGUGGAAUGCUUGCCAGGUCCUACCAAGCCGAAAAGUCUUUCAUUAUGGAUGCACUGAUCCAAUGUAUAUUCAUCAUGGAAGAACCAGUUCAGCUAAGAUUAGAAAGGCUUACCACCAAAAGAUUGGGAAUCAGAUGAUGAUUUGUUUUGGACGUACCUAAGGCAAGUUUUUGUGGUUUGCAUGAGAGGAGAGAGUAUCCAUGCUAAUGAAAUCACAAUUCUUUUGAAGUAUUGAAAUAAGUAUUUAGUGAUUUAAAAAAUCUUUCUGAUAUCCUUGCAUGUAUCUGUUAUUUUUCUUUACCUCUUGUAGGAAAGUUUCUGACCACAAAAUGUGUCAACUGAUCACAUUUUCUUUAUUAAUAGAACGAUUACUAUGUUACAUAUGACCACAUUUCAAUCUCCAUUUGUAAAUAUCUUAACAACAUUUAAGCUGUGUGUAUGAUUUAUUAAAGACCUUAUAUAAGCUUUGCUUUGCUUCUAUUUUUAGCCCCACAGAAAAGCAGGAAUCAUACAGCUCUUAGAAUUAUUGCAACAACAAUUAAUUCACAUUUAUGUAGAAAUGUAAGAUUACAAAGUUCUUGACACAAUAUCUCAUUUAACCCUUAUAAUGGUCCUAGGAGAAAGGUAACACUAAGGUUACUGUCUUCACUUUAUAAAAGAAAAAUAAUGAGAGAAUUAGAGAAAUGAAGUUAUUUUCCAAAAGUUACAUAACUUGUAGGAAUCUAUUGUGGGCCUAAGAACAUAAGGUGCAAAGAUGGACAGGACCCUGGAAAUCCUUUUCUAAUCAUCUGAUAUUACAGAUGAGAAAAUGAGGUCCAGAGACAUUACUUGGUUGCUCAGGGUUACAUAGGUAAUUCUAUGAACACAGGUAAUGAGUAUGAGAGUCUGAGAUUCAAAAACAGAUCCUUUUCUCUCUUUGAAAUGUACUUUCUACCAUACCAUGCUAAAGCUAGGUCGUCUGACUUCCACUUAGUGAGCUUUCUGCUAUGCUAUCUACAUAUGCUUUUAUGUAAAAGAGAUUGUACAGUCCAACUGUUGCUCUACAUGACUUCUAUUUUUUGGGUUUUAUGUUUAAAAGCUUAUGGAAUAGAAAAAAAAUCAUCCUUGUAUAUCUAUAUGAAUUGGGUACUUUUAAGGCUUACUCAUGUGACUUUAAGUUCUUGAUUUUAUUUCUCCUAUUAUUUCUUACAUCUUUCCACUUUAAUUUCUACAAUCAGAGCUAGAAUGAAUCUAUCCAUUUAACCCAAUUCCCUCCUUUUGAGAUGAGUGAACUUAGGCCAUGAAAAAUGAAAUAUAUUUUCCAAGGUCACGAAAGGAGUGGUGGCAAAAAAGAAGUUAGAAAAUAAUGUGGAAUCCUUCCCAUUAGGACAUCUAAAGAACUCCAGACAAUAGCAAAACCCAUCACAGAGUGGAAAAUUUUAAUGUAGUUUAUCAUUAAUUGGCAUACUGCAUUUUAAAUAACUUCCCUCUAUUUUCCCACUAGUGAUUUCAGAAUUCUUUGGCAUUGUGUUCUAUGUUGUAGUAAGAAAGGAUCAGGAAAGCAAAAUCUAUCGGACAGAAGAUAAGACCAGUUGGUCUUCCAUUUUGGUCCAAGCUCUUGGAUCCCCAGAUUCUGCACUUGGUAGCCAACCAGCCAGCCAAUUUCAGUUUCCUUGUGGUAAUAUUGGCACAAUAAUUCUAAUACUACUUACUUCACCAACUUCUUAUUAAGAGCAAAUGAAAUGUUGACUAUAAAG